UGGGUGGUGCGAAGGAAAGAGCGCUUAAAAGUAAAACAGAGGGAAGCAACUGGUGCAGGAACAGAAGGAGAAAGGAAAGGAAGAGAAGAGAAGAGAAGGAGAAGGAGAAGGGUUUGGUAGUUGGUUACUUAGUUUGUUUGAUUAACGACGGCGCACUACACGAUCCCCACAAUCCAGAGGCUUGUUAUUAUCUCCAUCCAUUUAAUUUAAUUCCCACAACCACGCUCACCUAAGUUUCAAUUUCAAUCCCUUUUCUUUUUCUUUUUUUAUUUAAAAUUCCAAUUUCGCGAACCCCAAAUUCCCUCCCUCCUUUUCCCUUUCUCUCUGUUCUGUAACGUAGCAUUUACAGCGAUCAGUUUAUAGUGAGUCACUUAGAGGAGUUUUAGGUAUCAUCGAUCAUCUAUGGCAGGGUACAAGGGCGAUGACGAGUACGAUUACCUCUUCAAGCUGGUUCUGAUCGGCGAUUCUGGUGUGGGGAAGUCCAACCUGCUUUCGCGCUUCACCAGGAACGAGUUCAAUUUGGAGUCCAAGUCCACCAUAGGGGUUGAGUUCGCCACCAAGAGCUUGAACAUCGAUGCUAAGGUCAUCAAGGCUCAGAUUUGGGACACCGCUGGCCAGGAAAGGUACCGUGCCAUUACUAGUGCUUACUACCGAGGAGCUGUUGGUGCCUUACUUGUCUAUGAUGUCACACGCCGUGCUACAUUUGAGAAUGCUGCAAGAUGGUUGAAAGAGUUGAGAGAUCACACAGACCCCAACAUUGUGGUCAUGCUUAUUGGAAAUAAGUCGGAUCUUCGACACCUUGUUGCUGUCCCAACAGAAGAUGGAAAAUCUUUUGCGGAGAAGGAAUCUCUCUACUUCAUGGAAACUUCUGCAUUAGAAGCAACCAAUGUUGAAAAUGCAUUUACAGAGGUUCUUUCUCAGAUAUACCGAAUAGUGAGCAAGAGAACUGUUGAGGCCGGCAAGAAUGCCAGUUCUUCUGCUGUCCCAUCUAAAGGACAGACAAUAAAUGUGAAAGACGAUUCCUCCGUUUUGAAGAAAAUUGGGUGCUGCUCAAACUAGAUGCUUCAUCUAUGGCAGUUGGUUUUUAUAGCCUGUUUCAUCUUGUAAAUGCCUACACUGGAAUCGUGAUACCAUGUAGAAUAAGGCUAGUCUUGCAUAUUGUUUUGAACAAUGUUUACAAUUUACAAACAUCAUCCAUACGCAGGAUUAUGCUUCCGUGAAACGGUCAUUCCAAAGACGUGUUUGAAACAAAUAGGUCUACAUCAAAGUUCAUAUAGGUUAAGCUUUAUUUGAAGGAUUUCGAUAUUUGCUAUGCUCUAAUUAUGGUGCAGCUAUUCACAGUUCGAACGUCUGUUUAGAAUUUAGUUUUGUUGAAAUGCCCUAGACCAUAUGGAUCUUCGUUAUCAGGGUAGUUAGUUAUUAUUUGUUUCUAAAGUUAAUAAGUAUAUUGGUUAAAAUUUCAA